UAAGGCUAUUGUUUUGGAAUAUUUAUUCAAAUUAAAAACGUAUGUACGUAGUUUUUAUGUUCGUUUUAUCUUGCUUACAAACUAAUUAAAUUAAUUAUUCAGUGAUAAAAAUAAGGAUAAUUUUAUAAAGUGAUAUAAUUUUAUAUAUUGAUGUGUUGUUUGUGUUAGUGGCAUUAAAAUUACCGAAACAGAUUAAGAUAAAAAAAUGUCGGAACGAAUUGAUAUAGAUAAACCAUUAUGGGAUUUAAGCACAUUUAAUGGACGUUUGAAACAUUAUUUAUGGAUGACUGAUCCACGGACAUGUUUAGUUUCCGAAUCACAAUUAGAUGAAGCAAAAAUAUUAGUUGAACAGUACAAACGAAAUGAAGCACCAUCUGAUAUUCCAAUUGAAAAAGUUUUAUAUGCAAAACAGUUAUAUGAAUCUGCAUUUCAUCCGGAUACACGUGAAAAACAAAAUUUAUUUGGACGAAUGUCAUUUCAAGUACCUGGAAAUAUGUUAAUUACUGGUGCAAUGCUGCAAUUUUACAAAUCAGCACCAGCGGUUCUUUUUUGGCAAUGGUUUAAUCAAUCGUUUAAUGCUUUAGUGAAUUAUACAAAUCGUAAUGCAAACAUUCCAGUAUCGAAGACACAGUUAAGUGUUGCGUACGUGUCAGCAACAUCGUCAGCAUUAAUUUCGGCUUUUGCAUUAAAAAAAUAUUUAGCAAAUACCAAACCCAUUUUUCAGAGAUUUGUACCAUUUGCUGCAGUAGCUGCCGCUAAUUGUGUAAACAUUCCAUUAAUGCGACAAAAUGAAAUACUGUGUGGUGUUGAUUUAACUGACGAAAAUGGAAAUCCAGUAAACGCUAAGAGUAAAAUUGCAUCCGUAAAAGGUAUUUCGCAAGUAAUAUUUUCCCGAAUUACAAUGUGCGCACCGGGUAUGGUAAUUUUACCAGUAAUCAUGGAACGUUUAGAACGUCAAGCUUGGAUGAAAAGGAUUACUAUUCUUCAUAUGCCAAUUCAAGUCGUACUUUUAGGAUGCUUCUUAGCAUUUACUACACCAUUUGGUUGUGCUUUGUUCCCACAAAAUUGCUCUGUACACAUUUCAACGCUGGAGCGAUUUGAGCCGGAAGAACAUGAAAAGUUAAAGAAACAAUUUGGAGAUAAUCUACCUCAAUUAUUAUAUUUUAAUAAAGGGCUUUAAAUUAAACAACUAGAAGUAGCACAAACGUUUUUACUUACAAUUUAUGCAAUGCAUAUUUAUCGUUACGUAUUGUAAGUUGCCUAGAAGCAAGUGAUUUAUUAUUGUAUACUAUUUGCAUUACAUGUUUGUAUAUUACAUUGCCUAUUCUUUUAUAUUUGGAAAUAAUAAUGAUAAUCAAACAAU